AUGUCUGCUCCGAUGAUAGCAUGGGAGCCUCUGGUGAACCGCAUCCACAAGUAUUUGACAGGCAGCAAUUCCGCCGCUCAAUCAAUCGACCUUGUACCAGUCGAAACUCAUGACGUCGAGACAGCGCCUGACAAGAGACCCCGGACACUCAAGCAUCUGAUCCGCGCAAACCAUGUGAACCACUCAAUCAUAUACCAUAAUCUUCAGUAUCACAACCAUAUGCCGCACAUCCUCAGUUCUGCAUAUGCUUUUGGUGCAAAUGCCGACCAGCUGCACAAGAUAUAUGCUGAAGAGUCGAAGCAGCUUGAGCCAUGGCAUGAUUCCCCGGCAGAGGUAACCAGUGCUGACUGGCGCGACUUUCUGGGUGAUGCAAGAUACCAACGAGCAUAUGUUGAUUUCUUUGAGGACGAACUGGCUCUGAAUUUUAAUUAUGAUUGGACUAAGGUGGCGGAAGAAUAUCUCUUUAGCGGAAAGCAGCCUUUAAUAAAUGGGCUGAUUGGAGGGAUUGGCCACCCAUUGAUCCACCUGAGCUAUGCCUAUGAAUUCUCCAGCAAAGAAUUGGGGAUGGAGGCAUUAGCCAUGGCCUGCACCUCAUAUAACUACCUCCAUAAAUAUCUCGACCAACCAAGCUACACAAAGCCUUCAACCUAUUCCACCACCUCCCCUCUCGAAAUCCUCCAUAAAAUAGCAGAAGAUAAAAGAUUCGACGGCCUCUUUAAAUCUCGCGGAGCAGAAAACAUCAAAGUUUUAUUCCAGGACCACGAGAAUCUCGUCCUCGAGCACUGGAACGCCUGGGAAAUUGUCGACCCCACCAAACAAUUCCGCGAUUCCCAAGAGGCAGCAAUAGCACUACUACUCCGCACAGUAAAACCUGGCACACACUCCUACGAUUUCUUCGUCGUGCAUAUUCUCACCACCAGCCACGCCGUUAGAAUCCUACUCCCAUUAAUACCCAAGAAGUUCCACAUCAGUCUUGUAAGACAGUGGUGGCUUCUGACAAUUGCUGUUUAUAUUGCCCAGCUGAGGCCGGCGAUUAAUGACGAUAUCGAGGUUAAGCCGGAUAAGCAGUGGAAUUAUGUUGAUCAAAUGGCGGUUAGUGGACCUUGGGCGACGGAUGCUCAUUAUGUCAAAGCUCUACGUGCUAUUAAGGAGGCAGCUUUUACUUGGGGCGAUGUUCAUAGUCGAUAUAUAACAGCAGCUGUCCAUUUUGCGGAUGAUUUCAAGGGGUGGACUGGAUUCGAGUAG